AUGCAGCUCUCAAUCUUCCCUGAACACUCCUGCAGCAGCAGCAGCAGCAGCAGCAGCAGCAGCAACAGCAGCAGCAGCAGCGGCAGCAGCAGCAGUGGGAGCAGCAGCAGCAGCAGAAGCAGCAGCAAACGCAGAAAAAAGCAAACGAAUGCAGAAGCAGAAGGAGCAGCAAUAGCAGCAGCAGCAGCAAUAGCAGCAGCAGCAGCAGCAGCAGCGGCAGCAGCAAUAGCAGCAGCAGCAGCAGCAGCAACACAAUCGCCAGAAGCACACCACUAUCAUCAUCAGCAGCAGCAGCAACAACAGCAAAAAAAGCACCACCAGCAACAACAGCACAAGAAUGCAUGUAAAAGGCAGCAGCAGCAGCAACAGCAACAGCAGCAGCAGCAGCAACAGCAGCAACUGCACCGUGCAGCAACAGCAGCAACAGCAAAAUCAGCAGCAGCAGCAACAGCAGCACCGUCCGUAGCAGCAGCAGCAGCAGCAGCAAGAGCAGCAGCAGCACCACCACCAUCACCAACAGCAGCAGAAACGGUAGCAACAACAGCAGCAGCAACAGCACCACCACAAUCAACAGCAGCAACCACAGCAGCAACCACAGCAGCAGCAGCAGCAGCAGCAGCAGCAGCAGCAGCAGGAUGA